GAGAGGUUAUUUUAUCGGGCCAGGAAGUGUUUAUGGAGGAUCCGGUCGGGGGCGACUCGCCAUGGGGGGUGGAAACAGGCUGAUGCCAAUCAGGCCGAGCCGGGCCAUGUCAAUUUAGGUCGCGACUUCUCAGGCUGUACUCCGUCGGUGGGAAAUCGGGAACUCCGGAGCGAGGCGAUGUCGAUCCUGUGGGAGAAGAGCGAGGCGUGGCGGUGGCUGGUGCGGAGGACCCGCGACUCGAAGCGCUUCUUCUUGGCGUUCGCGACGAUCUGCGGCGUCGUCCCCGGCGUCAUCGGCUACGGCGUCAUGCAGUUCACCAACUCCCGCAACGACCAACUCGAAGCCCACCUCCGCAAGACCGCCCGCCCUGAGUCUACCAUGAUGGGGCAAGUUAACCGGGAGUGGCUAGCAGAAUAUCUUGGAGAGCUGCAACGCAAAGAGGACACUAAUGAUCGGUAUUUAGCUGCUUUGAGAGGAGAGGUGCUGACUAGAAAUGCUCAUGCUAGAGUUCAACCAGUUCCCAAACAAACGAGUGAAGAAACCAGCAAAGAAAAGUAGUAUGUAGGAAGUUGUCCUAAGUGAUCUCUUUGAUAUUUUCAUACUCUGUAUAAACAUUAUGGAUAUACUUGGUUGAUUGGAUACAGAGUUGGCUGUUAUUGAAAAACCAAUAGUAGCAACGAUUUGCAAGAUGUUAUUAGAUCCCAACCCAGUUCAUAGUUGUUUUGGUGUUCAUGUUUUUAAUCUUUAAUACAUACUUGUGAGUAAUUAAUUGUAGAUUAGAGAUGCAGUCAGUAUCUCAAUAUAUGAUGUUUGGCUGGUA